GGAGAAAUAGAAACUAAAUCUAUUGAUCUGCUCAACCUGACCCCUGAGACAGAUGUGAAUGUGCUUGUCAACCAGACCUUGUUUGAAGAACCAACAAUUUCAGAUGAAAAGAAGACCCAGCUCAAAAACAACCAGGAGCAAGAAUUUGAAGAAUUUAAGGUUCUGAAAGCUCAUAUCUUACCUCUGACCAACUUGCUUUUAAUAAGAAUGAAUAUAAGUUCAUCACAAGCAGCUAUGACAGAACUUGUAAGGUAUGGGACACCAUCACUGGUAAAGAACUACUUAGUCUAGAAGGUCAUAAAAAUGUUGUCUAUACAAUGGCUUUUAAUAAACCUUUUGGAGACAAGAUUGUCGCUGACUCCUUUGAUAGGACUGCUAAGCUCUGGGAUAGCAAUUCAGGCGAUUGCCUUUACACCCUGGUUGGGCAUACGAUGGAGAUUGUCUAUCUUGUGUUCGAUCCUAAUGGAUGGAGUAUGAAGUAUUAUGAGUAUUUAGAUUAUAUUGUUUAAAGGUUCCGAGUCUGUCAGUUGGAUUCAUCCUGACCUAGAAA